AUCAGCGCAGCGUUGAGUCCUGCAACAUAGACGAGAAAUCACAACUGGUAGAAUGGCAGCCGCUAGCGACAAGGCUCGCUUCUUUCUUGAGCAGUCAAUACCGGAGCUCAAAGAGUACGAACGCAAGAACAUCUUCAGCGCCGAGGAAAUCAGCAGCAUCGCCCGCAAACGAUCCGACUUUGAACACAAAAUUAAUGCAAGAGGUUCAACACCCUCAGACUACGCCCGAUAUGCCGAGUUCGAAAUCAAUGUCGAUGCCUUGAGGCGGAAGAGAGUCAAGAGACUAGGCAUAAAGUCAACCGCGCACAGCGGGAAGAGGCGCAUUUUCUUCGUCUUCGACCGGGGCACGAGAAAGCAUCCUGGAGACGUGGACUUGUGGCUGCAGGCAAUCGAUUUUGCCAGGAAACAAAAGGCCUACAAGAAGCUGCAAGAGUUAUUCGCCAACGUUCUUCGCCUACAUCCUCGAAAAUCGGAUCUAUGGAUAUAUGCAGCGCAGUUUGCAAUUGACGAGAAUGGGGACAUGACUGAGGCCAGGAGUUAUAUGCAGAGAGGACUGCGCUUUUGCAAAAGCUCACGAGCUAUGUGGCUGGAGUACGGAAGGCUAGAGAUGUCACACAUUGCCAAAAUCCAAGCCCGCCGAGAAGUCCUAGGCAUUGCGGACAGUCAGAGAGGUCAGACCACGAAUGUCGCGGAGGACGAGAAUGUCAUGCGCCUGCCCAGAUUGACAGCAAUGGAUGUCAACCCUGAAGGUGAAGGAGAGGAAAACGACAACGCAGCCUUACAAAAUCUGGAAUCGACGCCUGCCUUGAGCGGUGAUAUCCCGAUUGCGAUAUUUGACGCCGCCAUGGCUCAUUUCAGGGAUCCUUCCUUCGGCCUGGACUUCUUCCAUAUGGUACUCGAGUACGAUGAUCUUUCGGCUUGUCGGAGGAUUGCAACUCAUGUCGAAACCGAACUGAUGAAGGACACCCCGCAGAAUUGGCACAGUCAAGUGUGUCAUAUUCUGCUGCCAAUUGUAUCAGUGCAAACUGAUGCGCCAGAAUUUCCUGCUGCUUUCAGACAGUUCCUAUUACGUCUCAAAGAGGCCAGAACAGGGACGAGCAGUGCAGAACUUGUCACUUGGGUAAAAGAUUGGUUACAGAAACUUAUGGAGACUCCGAACCUUGACGAAGGAAUCAAGACUGUGGGAUAUUCGGUACUGAGUUCCAUGGAAGGUUCUGGGGAGUAG